GUCACUGCUCGCGCGGUCUCCUGGGUGACGGGAACGCGUUAGCCCUUUUGGUGCAGACCAGGUGCGCCUGCGCAUUUGCUACAUCGCGCGGCCUCUCGAGCCUUGAGAUGAAGCGUGUUUUCUCACUGCUGGAAAAGACUUGGCUUGGCACACCAAUACAGUUCACUUGGCAAAAAACAUCAGGAAACUACCUUGCAGUAACAGGAGCCGAUCAUAUUGUGAAAAUCUUUGAUCGCCAUGGUCAAAAAAAAAGUGAAAUCAACUUACCUGGUAACUGUGUUGCUAUGGAUUGGGACAAAGAUGGAGAUAUCCUAGCAGUGAUUGCUGAGAAAUCUAGUUGCAUUUAUCUAUGGGAUGCCAACACAAAUAAAACCAGCCAGUUAGACAGUGGUAUGAGGGAUCAAAUGUCUUUCCUUCUUUGGUCAAAAAUUGGAAGUUUCCUGGCCGUUGGAACCGUUAAAGGAAAUUUGCUUAUUUAUAAUCGUCAGACAUCUCGAAAGAUUCCUGUACUGGGAAAACAUACUAAGAGAAUCACAUGCGGAUGUUGGAAUGCAGAAAAUCUGCUUGCUUUAGGUGGUGAAGAUAAAAUGAUUACCGUUAGCAAUCAGGAAGGUGACACGAUAAGACAGACACCAGUGAGGUCAGAGCCUAGCGACAUGCAGUUUUCCAUGAUGAAGACAGAUGACCGAACGUCUGCUACUGAAAGCACGAUCAGCGUGGUGGUUGGCAAGAAAACAUUGUUUCUUUAUAACCUGAAUGACCCAGAUAGUCCAAUUGAUCUGGAAUUUCAGCAGCGCUAUGGGAACAUUGUCUGCUACAGCUGGUAUGGUGACGGCUACAUCAUGAUUGGUUUUUCACGUGGAAUUUUUGUGGUCAUUUCCACUCAUAUUCGAGAGAUUGGUCAAGAGAUAUUUCAGGCUCGUGACCACAAAGAUAGUCUAACCAGUAUCGCAGUCUCACAGACCCUUAAUAAAGCUGCUACGUGUGGCGAUAAUUGCAUUAAAAUUCAUGACUUGGCAGAAUUAAAGGACAUGUAUGCUAUAAUCAACCUGGAUGAUGAGAAUAAAGGGUUGGGCGCCUUGUCCUGGACAGAUGAUGGCCAGUUGCUGGCACUGUCUACCCAGAGGGGCUCGCUGCAUGUUUUCUUGACCAAGCUUCCCAUACUUGGGGCUGCCUGCAGCACGAGGAUUGCAUACCUCACCUCCCUGCUUGAAGUCACAGUAGCCAACCCCGUGGAAGGGGAGCUGCCGAUCACAGUUUCUGUCGAUGUGGAGCCCAACUUCGUAGCGGUUGGGCUUUAUCAUCUGGCCGUGGGAAUGAAUAAUCGAGCUUGGUUUUAUGUCCUUGGAGAGAAUGCUGUUAAAAAAUUGAAAGAUGUGGAAUAUCUGGGGACAGUCACCAGUGUUUGCCUUUAUUCUGACUAUGCUGCUGCACUUUUUGAAGGCAAAGUCCAGUUGCAUUUAAUAGAAAGUGAAAUCUUGGAUGCUCAGGAAGAACGGGAGACCCGGCUUUUCCCAGCAGUGGAUGAUAAGUGCCGUAUUUUAUGCCAUGCCUUAACUGCUGAUUUCCUCAUCUAUGGUACAGAUACUGGUGUUAUUCAAUAUUUCUACAUCGAAGAUUGGCAAUUUGUUAAUGAUUAUCGACAUCCUGUUGGUGUGAAAAAGAUUUUUCCUGACCCAAAUGGGACCAGAUUAAUUUUCAUUGAUGAAAAAAGUGAUGGAUUUGUCUACUGUCCAGUCAGUGAUGCUACCUAUGAGAUUCCAGACUUUUCACCAACCAUUAGAGGUGUUCUUUGGGAAAACUGGCCGAUGGAUAAAGGCGUAUUUAUUGCCUACGAUGACGAUAAGGUGUACACUUACGUCUUCCACAAGGACACGAUACAAGGGUCCAAGGUCAUCUUGGCUGGAGGCACCAAAGUGCCCUUCUCUCACAGACCUUUGCUGUUGUUUAACGGCGAGCUGACCUGCCAGACGCAGAGCGGGAAAAUAAACAACAUCUACCUAAGCACCCACAAGUUCCUCGACAGUUUAAAAGACGUGGGACCGAGCGAGCUGCGGCAGAUGCUGUCGCAGACUUUAAUGCUCAAAAGGUUUUCUGAUGCUUGGGAAAUGUGCAAGCUUCUGAAUGAUCACGCUGCCUGGAAUGAGCUGGCCAGAGCUUGUCUCCAUCACAUGGAAGUGGAGUUUGCCAUCCGCGUCUAUCGGACAAUCGGAAAUGUGGGCAUGGUGAUGUCCUUGGAACAGAUAAAGGGAAUAGAAGACUACAAUCUUCUGGCGGGACAUCUUGCCAUGUUUACUAGUGAUUUCAACCUGGCUCAGGACCUGUACCUUGCGUCCAGCUGUCCUAUUGCUGCGCUGGAGAUGAGAAGGGAUUUACAGCACUGGGACAGUGCGCUACAACUGGCAAAGCGCUUAGCCCCGGACCAGAUACCGUUUAUAUCAAAAGAAUAUGCUAUUCAGCUUGAAUUCACGGGUGAUUAUGUAAAUGCUUUGGCUCAUUAUGAGAAAGGAAUAACUGGUGAUCAGAAGGAACACGAUGAAGUGUGUCUGGCUGGGGUGGCCCAGAUGUCCAUAAGAAUGGGAGACAUACGCCGAGGGGUUAACCAGGCGCUGAAGCAUCCCAGCAGGGUCCUUAAAAGAGACUGUGGCGCCAUAUUGGAGAAUAUGAAGCAAUUUUCAGAAGCAGCCCAACUGUAUGAAAAGGGUCUCUAUUAUGACAAAGCAGCCUCGGUUUACAUCCGCUGUAAGAAUUGGGCCAAAGUUGGUGAGCUUCUGCCUCGUGUUUCUUCCCCAAAGAUUCACUUGCAGUAUGCCAAAGCGAAAGAAGCCGAUGGAAGAUACAAAGAAGCUGUUGUGGCUUAUGAGAAUGCGAAACAGUGGAACAGUGUCAUCCGCAUCUAUCUGGAUCACCUCAACAAUCCUGAGGAGGCUGUCAGUAUUGUCAGAGAGACCCAGUCUCUGGAUGGCGCCAAAAUGGUAGCCAGGUUUUUCCUACAGUUGGGUGACUACGGGUCUGCCAUCCAGUUUCUUGUUAUGUCCAAAUGUAAUAAUGAAGCUUUCACACUGGCUCAGCAGCACAACAAAAUGGAAAUCUAUGCAGACAUUAUUGGUUCUGAAGAUACUUCUAAUGAAGACUAUCAAAGCAUCGCCUUAUAUUUUGAAGGAGAAAAAAGACAUUUUCAGGCUGGAAAAUUCUUCCUGCUGUGUGGCCAGUAUUCACGAGCACUUAAACAUUUCCUGAAAUGUCCGAGCUCAGAAGAUAAUGCGGCCAUAGAAAUGGCAAUUGAAACUGUUGGUCAGGCCAAAGAUGAACUGCUGACCAGCCAGCUGAUAGACCACCUGAUGGGAGAGAGUGACGGCAUGCCGAAGGAUGCCAAGUACCUGUUCCGCUUGUACAUGGCCUUGAAGCAGUACCGGGAAGCCGCCCGCACCGCCAUCAUCAUCGCCAGAGAAGAGCAGUCCGCAGGAAACUAUCGGAAUGCACACGACGUUCUCUUUAGCAUGUAUGCAGAACUCAAAUCCCAGAAGAUCAAAAUUCCUUCUGAGAUGGCCACCAACCUCAUGAUCCUGCACAGCUACAUCCUAGUGAAGAUUCAUGUGAAAAGUGGCGAUCAUAUGAAAGGGGCACGUAUGCUUAUCCGGGUGGCCAACAACAUCAGCAAGUUCCCGUCACACAUCGUGCCGAUCCUGACGUCCACGGUGAUCGAGUGCCGCCGAGCAGGCCUGAAGAGCUCUGCUUUCAGCUUCGCGGCCGUGCUGAUGCGGCCCGAGUACCGCAGCAACAUAGACGCCAAAUACAAGAAGAAGAUCGAGGCCAUGGUCAGGAGACCCGAUACCUCCGAGACAGAAGAGCCCACAACCCCGUGUCCAUUCUGCGAAUUUCUUCUCCCCGAGUGUGAACUCCUCUGUCCUGGAUGUAAAAAUAACAUCCCGUAUUGCAUUGCAACAGGCCGACACAUGUUGAAGGAUGACUGGACCAUGUGUCCACAUUGUGACUUCCCUGCUCUGUACUCGGAAUUUAAGAUCAUGUUAAACACGGAAAACACAUGUCCUAUGUGUUCUGAAAGAUUAAGCUUUGCUCAACUAAAAAAAAUCUCCGACUGUACCCAGUUCCUGCGGACAGAGGUGGAGCAGUGAGUGGCCCAUGCAGAUAUAAUGUUCCUGAAAAGAUACCACUUUUCGACAGGAGGCGAAGUUUCUACCCCUGGUGGUUUCUGGAUACAGAAAAAAGAAAGACUCUUCAGGUCACAGACAUUGUACAGUUGCCAUUGUAGAAUGGCAAAAUAGUGACAUGUAACCUUGCUGUUUAUUAUACUUCAUAGAGUUCCUCUUCAAGUUACGUAUUAUAUGCUCUGCACUGUUAAUAGUAGCCUAUGAUGUAACUGUAAAUAUUCAACUUUUUGAUAACUUUUAUAUUUUGAAGUGUCUCCUUUAAAAUAAAAUCAUUCAUUAGAUAUUUGUAAUGUUUUUCCUGGAUUUAAAGGGAGAUAGCAUUGUGAAGUUCGGGCAGCAGAGACAUUAACACUUAAAAGUCUGAAAUGCAAGUUUAGUAGAAUCAGUCCUAGAAUAAAAACACCAAUUUAAAAGAAUGAAACUAUAAACCGUAAGCUUUUAUCUCCUGUGUUAAUUCCUUUCACAAAAUUAAAUCAUCUAACUGCCCCUGAAGACAUACAUUUUUCAAAAUCUUCCCCGUAUCACACACACCUCAUAUUUUUCCUGCAUCAGUAUAUGCUUCCUUGUCAUCCAAAGCCAAUGUCUCCAAAGUCUGGGCAGCUGGCAGUUAGUCCGAGAGCCUAAAUUUGAAUGUUUCAGAUGAUAGGAUCUUACCGUAUAGCCACCAGCAUCCUGAGUAUUACAAGUGUACCUGCCAGCCUACGGUAUUAGUACCUAAGUGACAAUCAUGUCUUCCUGUAUCCAAGCAUCCACAUACAUGAUACCUCCAACUUUAUGAUCUAAUCAUCCUGCAAAGCCUGGCUAAAGAAUAAGUGAUACAAGUCACUGUCAUUAAACUCACCCAUCAUCCUCUUGUUUUCCUAUUAUCACUGGAAGGAUGUUGUAAAGUUACAGGAAUAAGAGCCAAAGGCACUGUGGGAUUUGAGUGAGUAAAGCACACCAUAGUUGGAGAGUUAUCGGCUUUAAACAUUCACUGAUAAGCAUAAUUACCCCAGAACUUAUUUAGGAAGAUACAACAAUACUGCUCCUUGUUAAUAACUUCAAGAGGCCAAUAAUGUUGCUGCAGUAAUGGACCGCAAACACUUAACAGGAUGAAGGAGAAGGCACAGUAGUUUGUUACAGCUUCCAAAAUGGCCAAGACACAACAGGUCUCAAAAGAAGUAUGCAGUUUUAUUCUGCAAAGCCACAUGGCAUCACAAAGCUCCAGCAGAUCCAUGUUGACCUCCUAUUUUAAAGAGCAGGCUUAUAAUCUCUAAUUCUAAAAGUUAUUUAUCUCAUACACUGAUUAUGCCAAUCAUAGAGCAUUUAGAAUAACAAAAUCAUAAUUUACAAGUAAAUUCAUACUCAUUGCUCUGGCUGCAAGGAGCUUACACCCUUUCUUGGGGAGAAAAAACAAGUAGGCAGCAUGACUUUCAUAUCAGAAAGCAAUAGAAAUAGGAGAAUGUGUGAAAGCAAG